AUGUCGUCGUCAUCCUUUUUGCAAGUGACGGCACAAAAUAUGAACGACGCCGUCGGUCAAUCCGGUUCUUACACUGGUCAAAUUCAUGUGGAUAGCGGAUUGCCUCACGGAAGAGGAACCAUGAAAUAUGUCACAUCUGACAGUAAUGUUCAGGCAAAUCCAAAUAUGAUUGUCGCAAGUUACGAAGGCGAAUGGGAACGCGGAUUCUGGCAAGGCCACGGCAUGUGUCUCUUAAAGAAUGGCGAUUCGUAUACAGGAGAGUUUGUACAACAUGAGCGCCAUGGCAAUGGUGAAUAUCUAUGGAAAACCGGAGCCAAUCACAAACAACGUCUCUAUCAAGGUAUGUUUCAUCACAACCAACGACAUGGUCAUGGCAAGUACAUUUGGCGAACUAUGCAACCCACUGGAAACAAUGCUCCCAAUGAGCCGGAAGAACUGGAAGUAAUCAGUGAAUCUACCUACGUUGGUAUGUUUGACAAUGGCCAACGACAAGGUCAUGGUGUCUACCAAUCGCCAAGUCUGACCUACACGGGCGAAUGGAAGGCUGGACAAUAUCAUGGCUAUGGUGUCUUGGAAUCCAAUACUGCCAAUUCUCCCAACAGCAAGACCUACAAAGGAUACUUUCAUCGUGGCCAACGACAUGGUCGUGGUGUCGAAACGGAACACACUAAGGAUGCUGCCUCGGGCAAAGUGACGGACACUGUCAUUCAUGAAGGCCGAUGGCGCAACGACCAACCGUCGAAUGAAGAAGAAGAGGAUCCCGUUUUGAUGGACCCCAUUGACACUGUUACUCCAAGCAAACCGGUAACACCCAAGCAACAGACAAUCGUACUCAGCAAGCCAGAACCUUGCAUUGACGGCGAAGGCCGCGAAGGAUACUACAAGGGCAUUUUGCAAGAUAAUCUCCCGGAAGGCGUGGGUACCAUGAAGUACCAACAUCAUCCCGAACUAAUGAUGGACUACGAAGGAUUCUGGGCCAAGGGCAUGAAACAUGGGUUUGGCCGACUCUUGUACAUGAACGGUGACUCGUAUCAGGGUGACUUUGUCCAAAACCAAAAACAAGGACAGGGCGAAUGGAAAUUAUCAGAUGGUCGACAAUUCAAGGGAACCUUUCUAGAAGACUUGCCUCAUACUCAACCCGACAAGCCCGAAGAAAAGAUUCGUGUCGUCUAUCCACAAAAUGACAUGUUUCACGGCCAAUACACGAAUGGAAAUCGUUCCGGCAGGGGACGAUUUACUUGGGUCGAUGGAGGAUAUUACGACGGAUUUUGGGCAGAAGGGCUCUACCAUGGAAAAGGUGAAUUGGGCACUGCCCAUACCAAGUACACGGGAGAAUUUCAAAAUGGCAAGUACGAAGGACAAGGCACAUUGAUGAACCUCUUGACGGAACAAGUGAUUUACGAAGGAGCCUGGAAGGAAGGAAAACCCGCAGACGAGUCUGUCAAAAUGGAUGACGCCGAGAAAUUCUUGCUCAUUCCACAACCACCCUUGGAUUUGGAUGUCGCCCAGUCGCGUCAACAAGGUCGUACGGCAGCUCCAGUCAAUUCCAAUUUCGCUGGCAGCACCAAGGGACUGGAACUUUUGAGUACUUCUGCCUGCAAGGCGGUUGUCGAUUUGAGUCUGGUGGAUGCCCAAGACAAUCCAGGCCGAUACACGGGGAUUUUGCAUGUGGCCAGUCAAAAGCCACAUGGAGUGGGUCGUAUGGUGUACGACGAUGGGAAUCGAGUCCACGAGGGUUUUUGGGAGUUUGGGCAUAGGCAAGGGCAUGGGCGAUGCUUGUUUGUGCAGAUUGGGGAUUUCCAUGAGGGAAAUUAUGAGCAAAAUCUGCGACAAGGCCAAGGGACCUAUUAUUGGAAGGAUGGUCGACAAUUUGUUGGGCAAUAUGACAACGAUGAACGACAUGGACCCGGUGUCUUUACCUACCCCAAUGGUGAUAUCUACGAUGGUCAUUUUGAAAAUGGACAACGCUGUGGAUUUGGAACGUUUACAUUUCAUAACAAGACCUGCCAAUACAAAGGUGGAUGGAAAGUUGGCAUGUACAAUGGCGAGGGCCAAUUGACGUGGCAAUCGGUGAAGGAAACUCGCAAGGUGACACCAACCAGCGAGCAAAUUACCCGUGAAACAUGCAAACAUCGGUACGAAGGCAACUUUGAAUCGGGUGUAUUUGAUGGCGAAGGAAAGGAAUAUGAAAAUGAUAAGUUGGUACGACAAGGUGUAUGGGCCAAGGGCAAGUUUGUGGAGGAAAGUGCUGUUUCUGUGGUGGCACCUCCUGAUUUGUUGGACGAGCCGGAAACAGAUGCUACUGAUGCCGCUCCAGCGGACAGCAGUACAGAGCCAUCCAGCCAAAGCGCUGGGCAAGAUGAGGAAGAAACUACCAACAAGAUCGCACCUGCCACUGGCGACAACACAGCUGAAGAAGGCCAUGAUGAACAAACACCACAAGCAGAGGAGCCAGUUGCCGAUGAAAAUCAAGCUCCCACACCAGCACCACAAAAGGAAGCUGUUUCCGCCACAACAGAAACAAAUACCAAGGCCACUGUCUAG